GUGAUCAUGACGUCACGGGGCAGAAGUCCAGCAAGAAGGCGAGAAAAUGCGCAUAUCAGCUGCCUGCGUUGAGGACGAAAAUUAUGUAAACAUGAGCCCUAUUCGCUUCGCCGUCGAAUUCGUGCCACGGCCCGUGCGGUUCCAGCUCGCGUUCAACCGAGACAGCAGCUGGAACGAGGUGCAGACCGUCUUAUUGGAUCGCGUCGGACUGUUGCCGUCGGACUCGACCGUCCGCAUCACGUAUGCCGACGAUGAGGACGAGAAGGUACAACUUUCCUCCGAGCCCGAAAUGCAGGAAGCCCUUCGGGUUGCCGAGAAGAAGGGAAAUGUUCUACAGAUUCAGAUGGUCGACGUUACAGAUGAAUCAGAGGCCAGCGCCCGCGACUCCGGACCGCUGCUUCGGGGAUCCUACCGCGAGAAGGAGUCUGGCGAGUUUGUUUUCGUCGACGACGACAACAAUGAUGGUGGUGAUUGUCCCACGUCCGGGUUGGAAGCCGCCGCCGCUGCGCCUGAGGUGGACGCUACGAGCGAUCCGCGGCGUCGAGACAACGCCACAACACCACCGCCGCCCUGGUUCGUCGACUUCGUGCGCACGCUAAGGAACGAGCUCAAGGAUGAGGUAACCGCCGAGGUUUUCAAGCGUCUAGACGAGCGCAAGGUCGACAAGUGGACGACGGCGGCGGUGGCCGACAGCUUUCAAGACGUCGCUACCUGCGGGAACUGCCUGUGUCAGAUCCAGGGAGCGCGCUACCGAUGCUGGGUCUGUCCGAAUUACGAGCUGUGCGAGGUAUGCGAAUCGCUGCCGAGCGUGCACGACAACUCGCACAUGAUGCUCAAGAUCCGUAGGUCGGCCGGGGCGGCGCAGCCGGGCAGUCGGCGCAAGCGCUGCAACGGGACCACAUUCCGCCCGAUGCGCUCGCCGAACCGGCUCUCCACCAUGCGCGACAUCAAGCAGGAGAUGAAGAUGCAAAAGCUGAUGAAGAAGCUCGAGAAGUACAACCUGCGCGACGCCAACCUCUACCGGCCGCCGACGGCGGGCGUCGAGAACUACUUGAACGCCGACCUGUAUGACUCGGAGUUCGUGUGUGACGACACCAUCCCUGACUGGACCCACGUGCAGCCGGGCACCCGCUUCACAAAGCGCUGGAAGGUCCGCAACUCUGGGACCCAAGCCUGGGACCGCAGCAUCCUCCUCAAGUACUGCUGGGGCACCCUGGGACUGAUGCCCAACGACACGGACAUCGAGGCGCCCCCGCUGCACCCCAACGCCGAGGGCACCCUCGAGGUGCAGUUCACGGCGCCCCACGAGCCGGGACACUACCAAACCCACUGGAGAAUGUACAGCCCGCAGGGCUACUUCGGGCACCGUCUUUGGUGCAACGUAGUCGUGGACCCGGCCCUGACCCUGGAACCCAGGCAAAAGCACAUGGCAAGCCUCAAGGUUGUCCCUGGUCCAGACGACGACUUCGUCCCAGAGCAGACAACCCUCAAGACAGAAGAUCUGGCAGCCGAGUUGAAGGCCAAGAUUGUGUCGCAAACGGCAACGCCCUUCAACACGCCGGUCGGCAUGACUCCCCGCAAGUCCCCGGAGUCAGAGGACGAAGGGAGCGAACCGGAAGAGAGUGGAUCCAAGAUGUCUAUUUUGGACAUGCCUAUCCACCACGACACUGAGGAAUCUGCCAGUGUACUCAGCCUUAGCAGUCUCGACACUGAGGGGGACUUUGAGGUGGUGCCACUGCCUUCCUGCUUCAACCUGAACAUACCAUUCAACCUGCCCGAGUCCACUGCGGACGCUGAAAGCGACUUGGUCCAUUCCUCUGUCGCAACGGCUCUCGGGAGUGCCUCGCCUUCCUGCGAAGUCCUCGACCAGGUGCCCAGAUGCGGCGACCGGUUGUGGAAAGAAAAGGCACUCGACUCGACUGCUGGACAUUCCGUGUGCCCCAGCAGGUUCCAGGAUCCAGUGGUCAUCGAUUCCGACUCGUCCAACUCUGAAGCAUCUGUCUCAACGAGACCAGACGACAGCACGCUUCAGGUCGCAACCGAGGAACACCAAAGAAAGCCCACAGCCUCUGGAGAAGAGUCUGAAGACAAAGCAACCAGAAAGCCUGCCUUCUCGUCGAGAAAAAUUUACAAGGUGGAGGGAGUCGGCGAUGCUCUUCCGGAAGCCUUGGUCAACGGGGCUCUUAGUGCUGCCGCAACCGUCUACAAUACUGCCAAGACUGUCUUCUCGGGAAUUCAGCCAAGACAGGGAGUACCGAUGGACCAGCGUCGGCUCAGUUCUUCAGAUUGGUCGCCGCCAGCAUCCCGCCUCUGUCCGCAAGAGAAACUGUUCGAGAUGGGCUUUAGGAACCACCAACUCAACUCUGUGCUCCUGAAGAAGCACUCGGGAGACAUCCAAAAGGUGAUCGAAGAGCUGAUCAGCGCCAACAUCGACAGCUGGUCCUCCUCAAGCAUGGAACGUCCACCCACUGCUCGGCCCUUUAUGUGCUCCUUUGACUAAAUUUCUUGCCCACUGUUUUAAUCUUUUCCCCUGCUUGCUUGAUAGUUUUACUUUCUUCUAGAAAAAUGUAUUUCUUUUAUUAUUUAGUAGCCUUUCUAUGGCAUGGAACAGUCCUCCAAUUAUAGAACUGUCAGUCAUUUACACUCUUCACUUUGUUAAAGCGCCAGUUUGCUUUGGUCUGAAACAUUGUGUGCCCUCUUUCUUUUCGUUGGAAACUAAGAGGCGAUUGGAAAAGAGGUUCAGCUUGGAGAAAGUUAUUAUUUGUCAUUGUUGAUUUUAUUGUAAGCUGUCCUCAAUAGGGCUUCCUCCAGUUAUCUAUGGGGUGAUGCUAUUAGCAUUUUAUUUACAUUCACUAAACAAUUUCAUUUUCGGAAAAAAUAUGUCACUGCUUUCCAGCUCCGUGUUAGCCCAGAGGUAGGUUAGACAAAUCCCUUACACAUAGUAUUAUAAAACAUGUCUAAAACCUUUGACAAACCUUUUUUUUUUAGUGUUGUUGCAAUGUAGAGUUUACAUGCACAUAAUUCAGCAUCUGUUGUACAAGGUGCUUUGGAUAUUUGCUGGAAGUUGUAUCUCGGCAUUUUAAUGGCACAUCACCUAGCACCCCUGCUUUUCACUGCUGCAAUCUGUACGUCUAGACGUGCAAUGCAGUUUGUUCCUAAUUUCAGGUUAAGGUUAUUUAACGUGCUAGAUUUAUUGCAGUGUUUAUUUUCUUGUAAUCUCUUCGGAAAUAAAACAUGAAAAACAUCA